AUGGCAGAGUUUGGUUCGCGUGAGAAGUUUAUCUCUGCUUAUCAAGCGUUAGUGAACGAAAUAAGAGUCGAAAAAUUUGAUGCGUUUAAAGCACACUUCACUGACGCUCAAGAUCUUCAGUCAUUGGUUCGCGAGUUUCAAAGCGAGCUUUUCGAAACGUUCAUAAAAACAAUGAAUAAAUUGUAUGAAGAAGCUGAUAUAGAUAGCAACAUACAAAUAAUGGAAUUGAUGAAAAGUGAGCAAGCUGGGAACCAAGCAGCUGCGUGGCGUCCUACGGGAAAGCUUGUUACUGAGCAGAUACGACCAUUGAUUGCAAACAAACUUAAUUGGAUGCUUAAGUUUUAUUUAUUUCAACUUUCCUUUCAGAAGGACCGAACCGAGGCGCUAAUUGUUCAAAUUGAAGAAAAACGCCAAGAGCUUAAAGCGAUGGAAGGUGAGCGUUCCCGCAAACAACAACAAAUAACAAACGAGAAAAAAAAGUUUGAAAAUCUUGAACAUCGCUUGAAGCAUUUAAACCAAAAGAUAAACUCAGCGUGUUUAAAGUUAUAACAGGUUUAUUUUAAUCAUUACAUUACUACGAUUAAAAAUAAUUCAAUUGUACUAAGAAUACGAGUUUUGUUAUGGUG